AUCAAGAUGCUCUUGGAAACCCGGCCUUGCGGUUCUCGUAAUCGUUCGGCCGAGAUACGGACGCACUCUUCAGGAGGUACCCCGCAUAAACACCACCCACGACAUCUCCCUCCAUUGAAUGAAAAGGCGAGGAGGCAAGAAAGGGUGAAGAGGAAGGAGCCGACCCGCCACACGGGGCUAGAGCGGAGAGGACAGAGGCGAGGCACCCAACACUCGUGAGGCCAAUCGAAUCGAGCCCCGAGCAAUUCUCAGCAGCAGCGAGGAACCCUAGUCACUUCAAUCGGAGCAGAGACCAGCAAGCAGAUCGCGCCGCGAAAAUGUUCAGGUCGCGGCUGCAGGAGCUGUGCCAGCAGCGGCGGUGGGCGCCGCCGGUGUACGAGCACACCCGCGAGGGCCCCGACCACGUGCCCCUCUUCCGCGCCACCGUCCUUGUCCAUGACGAGAAGUUCAGCUCCCCCGACGAAGGAGCGCGGUCGACCAAGGAGGCGUACAACCUCGCCGCCAUGGCCGCCUUCGAGCACCUCGCCGCGCUCCCGGCCGCGGCCCUUGUCCCGGUUCCGGCCGCUCCAGCGCCUCCGCAGCCUGCGACGCAGCUUCCUUACAAGACUCAGUUACAAAUUUAUGCUCAGAAGCGAGGCAAGAAUCUGCCUUCAUACCGUCCCAUUUAUGGAGGCUCUCUUCAUGCACCUCUAUUCAAGUCAGAAGUAACCAUAGAUGGGCAAACAUUUGAGAGCCCAGAAUACUUUCGCACAAUGAAGGAAGCUGAAACUGCUGCUGCAAAAGUUGCUCUGAUGUCCUUACCUCAAGAAGCAAGCCCACCACAGCAAUCUCUGGUUCCCUCAGUAUCUUAUAAGAAUCUUCUACAAGAACUGGCUCAGAAGGAAGGCUUUCCCUUGCCUGUCUAUGCUACAACUUCAGAUGUCUUAAAUCAUUCUGCUGCCUUCAUAUCAACUGUUGAAAUUCAAGGAACAGCUUUUCAGGGAGAGCCAGGGAACACCAAGAAGCAAGCAGAGAUGAAUGCUGCUAAGGUUGCUUUUCAACAUUUCAAAGACAGGGACAGAGGUUCUGCUGUACAUGGAGGAUCAUCCAUGCAACAAGGAAACGAGAACCUGUUUUCUGGACAAAAUAUCAAGAUUCUAUCCUCCAUGCAAGAAGGAACCGAUAACCUGUUUUCUGGACAAAAGAUCAAGAUUCUAGAGCCUAAAUCUUUGGUUCCCAUUGUAUCAACAGCAAAACAUGGCAAGGAUAAUGACUUUGAUGCUGUAAAUCAUGAUGCUAGAUCAGCUGGCUCUGCUAACCCACUCCCUGUUGCUGCUACAACACAAUUUCUUGAUGAAAAUGCUCAAUCUGCAAAGGUGGAAGUUGACAAAUUAUUCCUUCCAGAGCCAAGCACAGAAGUUGACAAACUACCCCUUCUAGAGUCGAGCAGGGGCAUGAAAGUCAUGGACUCAUCUUCGAAAGUUGACAAACUGUCCCUUCCAGAGCAAAGCAUGGAUGUUAAAGUUACAAACUCGUCUCUGAAAGUUGACAAACUGCCCCUUCCAGAACCAAGCACAGAGGUUGAAGUGAUGAACUCAUCUCUCCAAGAUGCUGAACCACCCAUUGCAGAGCCAAGCACAGAAGUUGAAGUCAUUGACUCAUCUCUGAAAGUCAGCGAACCGCCCAUUCCCAAGGCAUGCUCAGAAGUUGAAGCAAUGGAUACAUCUCUGGAACACACAUCGACUGUGAAUGGUCACUCACCCCUCAUAGCCCCAACAAGUACCUCUACUCUCACCGUGCCAACUACAACCAUGCCUGUCAGCUCCGACAGAUGUGGCUGCUACAUGUUAACCAACAGAAUCCAAGUCUACCCUCGCAACACCAACAUGGCUAUCCCUGAAGGCGCAACCAUGCUUCCCUUCAGCAACGACGCAUGGAUGGCCGUCAGCCUGCCUUACUGCAACAACAAUGAACAUGAAGGUAGCAGGACUGCCACUUAGGAAUGUUGGAGCAUACUAUAGAGGAGAAUCGACGGGUGAUCUUGUGAUGCUGAUGUAGUCUGUGCCAAAGCUUAAUUCAUCUUCGCUACCGUGCUAGUAUGUCGGCUAAGAACUAGCAUUUCUGAUGUGGACAAUUUUGAACUUCUAUUGUAUCUGGCUGAAGCAGCUUGCUCAACUAUGUGAGCGAAACCCAAGUUAUACUCAUGCCGGAUUAUAACCGAGAAGUAGAGACCCUGAACUUUAAUUGGACCAUCCGCA